AUGCCUCCCAAGUCCGGUAAGAAGGCCGCUCCGGCUCCCUUUGGGGCCGCGAAGUCGAGCAAGAAGGCUCCCAAGAACCCCCUCAUCGAGAAGCGCACGCGCAACUUCGGUAUCGGCCAGGACAUCCAGCCCAAGCGUAACCUGUCCCGCAUGGUGAAGUGGCCCGAGUAUGUCCGCCUUCAACGCCAGCGCAAGAUCAUCAACAUGCGCCUGAAGGUCCCGCCGGCGAUCUCCCAGUUCCAGCACGUUCUCGACCGUAACACCGCCGCCCAGGCCUUCAAGCUCCUCAACAAGUACCGCCCUGAGACCAAGGCCGAGAAGAAGGAGCGUCUGGUCAAGGAGGCCACUGCUAUCAAGGAGGGCAAGAAGAAGGAGGACGUCAGCAAGAAGCCUUACGCUGCCAAGUACGGUCUGAACCACGUUGUUGGCCUGAUCGAGAACAAGAAGGCCGCUCUCGUACUGAUCCCCAACGAUGUUGACCCCAUUGAGCUGGUCAUCUUCCUGCCCGCUCUUUGCCGAAAGAUGGGUGUCCCCUACGCUAUCAUCAAGGGCAAGGCUCGUCUGGGAACUGUCGUCCACAAGAAGACCGCUGCUGUUCUUGCCGUCACCGAGGUUCGCUCCGAGGACAAGAGCGAGCUGUCCAAGCUUGUCAGCGCCAUCAAGGAGGGUUACAUGGCCGACACUGAGAACUCGCGCAAGCAGUGGGGUGGUGGUAUCAUGGGUGCCAAGGCUAACAUGCGCAUUGCGAAGAUCAAGAAGGCCGCCGACCAGGCCCUUAAGGUUUAA